UGGGGCGGUACGGCGCGCGGCGCCCGUAGUGCGAACCAUGGGAGGCGGCUGGUGGUGGGCUCGGGCCGCUCGCCUCGCCCGUCUCCGCUUCCGGAGGUCGCUACUGCCACCUCAGCGGCCCCGGAGCGGGGGCGCCCGGGGGUCCUUCGCCCGGCACGGUCCCCGCGCCGGGGCUUCGCCGCCCCCAGUGUCCGAGCUGGACCGUGCGGACGCCUGGCUCCUCCGAAAGGCGCACGAGACAGGUCGGUGGCUGGAGGUGGGGGCGGUGUGGAUGGGACGGGGGUCCCGGGCGCGCGUGGAACCUCGAUGGGGCGGGGGCUUCUGCAGGAAACGGGGCCCGGGCUCGGCUCCGAGAAGGGCUUCAGUGUGAGCGCACGGAAGCGCAGAGUGCAAGAGCGCAGGUGCCCGCAGAGAGGAUGGGCUUUCGGGGAGGACUAGGACCCCGCGUAACGGGGCGCCGUAGGGAUUGGAGGGGGUGGUAGGGUUGCGCGAGGCAGCCUCGUAGAAUCGCGCCUGUCGUGUGAAGAGGGGCUUCCAGGGAAAGCUUAGAGUCUGUGGAGUUGGGUACUAGAGGGGUCCGUCCCG